AUUAGGUACAAACAUAGGAAUAUGUCUGGUUUUCAAGAAUAAAAUAGUUGACAUGGAUAACUUUACUCAUGCAGACCGCGAGCGUAGUUCGAGCACUGCAGGAAUAGUUAGUGGCAAACAAUUUGGAUAUUAAGUGUAAAAUAUGAUUUUGGACUACAUAUAUAAUGACUAAAAGUAAAAGUACUAAAAGGAAAGAUCGAAAUAGCAGUGGAAAUAGCAGUGAAAAUGUAAACAAAAGUAAAGUGAGUAAACAAAGAGGCCCGUCGGAGGAUUUAAAUCAGUCUGUUAGUGACAUACUAAGCCAAGCAAACGCUGUUCUUUAUGCAGAAAAUAGUGAUGCGGAUAAGAACGGGGAUAGUAGUGUAUUUGUGAGCGAGGAAACGGAAGGGGAGGUUGUUGGCGGUGCGGCCAAGAUGGCGGAGGGAGGUCGCCAGCCAACAAACAAGGACCUAAUGGACUGCAUGAAGGCUAUGAAUAGCAAACUGAGUGAAAUGGAAAAGAAGCUUGGGACUAUCGAGGUGCUUGAAAGGAAAGUGACGGACUUCGAGAAAGAAUUAAGGAAAGUGUGGGUCGCACUUGAAGAUCGGGCGAAGAGAACGGACGAACGUGUGAUGAGGUUGGAGGAUCGUGUGGAGUCGGUGGACAUGGGGACGGGGCUGCUCUCCAGUAGGGUGGCAGCACUGGAGAAGCAGCGAGAGGAGCUACGUGACGAUCUUACAUACAUGAAGUCACAAUCGAUGAGAAACAAUCUGGUUUUCACUAACAUCACUGAGGACAACAGCAAUGGGAAUGAGGCGGUCGAUGUCACGGAGAGGAAGCUGCGAAAACAUCUGCAGGACGCCCUUAAGAUUGCUAAAGAGACGGUGGAAUCCAUCCGGUUUGAACGCGUUCACAGAACGCCGGGGCAGCCGAUCGCGGGAAAAGUUAGGAACAUUGUGGCCAAGUUCACGUUCUUCCAAGAGCGUGAACUGGUACGUAGAGAAUGGAAACACCUUAAGGGGACGCAGUUUCACAUGUUUGAACAAUUCCCGAAGGAGGUUACCAAUAAACGGCGGGGUCUAGUGAAGAAGAUGAAGGAGUUCAGGGAGAAGGGGAAGAAGGCGUGGCUCGUGUACGAUACCCUCUACGUGGACGGACGACCGAUGAGGGACUAG